CGAGGAGGAGGAGGAGGAGGAGGAGAAGGAGGAGAGGCAGCUGCGGAAGCUGCGGCCCACCCCCCGGCACCCGGGCAACGGGAGCGAGGAGCACCAGCGGGCCGGGAGCGGGUGUCCCGCGGGCGGUCCAGCCUCCGUCCCGUGGAGCAGCCGGCUCUUCCGGGGAGGGGAGUGGGUCGUCUUCAUGCUGGUGGGCCCCACCUCCCCGCCGCCGGCUCGGUGAAGCCCCCGGGAUGGCGCGGGGCCCCGGCCUGGGGGUGACCCUGUGGGCCUUGGUGGCCCUGCUGGGGCUGCGGGCCGGGCCCGGGGGGUGCCAGCACUACCUGCACAUCCGGCCGGCCCCCAGCGACAACCUGCCCCUGGUGGACCUCAUCGAGCAUCCCGACCCCGCCUUCGACCCCAAGGAGAAGGACCUCAACGAGACGCUGCUGCGCUCGCUGCUGGGCGCCCACUACGACCCGGGCUUCAUGGCCUCCGCGCCCCCGGAGGAGCGGCCCCUUGGAGGGGGCGAGGAGCUGGGCGAGCUGGACCAGCUGCUGCGCCAGAGGCCGGCGGGGGCCAUGCCCGGCGACAUCAGAGGCCUGGAGUUCGCCGACAAGAAGCAGCGGCUCAGCAAGAAGCUGCGCAGGAAACUGCAGAUGUGGCUGUGGUCGCACACCUUCUGCCCGGUCCUCUACUCCUGGAACGACCUGGGCAGCCGCUUCUGGCCCCGCUACGUCAAAGUGGGCACCUGCUUCAGCAGGCGCUCCUGCUCCUUCCCCGAGGGCAUGGUCUGCAAGCCGGCCAAGUCCGGGCACCUAACGCUGCUCCGCUGGCGAUGCCAACGGCGGGGGGGCCAGCGCUGCGCCUGGAUCCCCAUCCAGUACCCCAUCAUAUCGGAGUGCAAAUGCUCCUGCUAAGGGCGCCUCGCCCCUUCCC